UAAACAUCCACAACUCUGCCACUAUGGCUGACACCGAAGGAACAAAAACUGCCACCAAAGGGGUGAAACUUGUUGUCGAAUACUGCGGUAAAUGAGGAUACGAGCCCCGCUAUCAGGACGUCGUCCGUCUUGUUAAGGACGAGUUUCCUGAUGCGGAGUUGUCAGGCUUCGUGGGAAGACAAGGCAGCUUUGAGAUUCAGAUCAAUGGGCAGCUGGUCUUCUCCAAGCUGGAGACAGGAGGGUUUCCAUAUGAAGAUGAUGUCUUGAAUGCAGUCCAGGAUACCUAUGAUGGCAAACCCAUGCAGAAGAUCACCAGGAGCCGUGCGCCAUGCGUCAUCAUGUAAACUGCCCUCAGUCCUACAGCAUCAAGACAGGCCAGUGCAUCUCUAUACUGCCAAUGCCACCUCUCUUCUACCCACAACCCUGCUUAAAAAUGGGUCGGGAUAAAACCUUGCUUUAUACAAACCCAACAGAGAUGCACUAUGACCACUAGCUGCUUUCUUUGAUGCAGAUGACCAAAUGUCUGGCUCCCCCUCUCUGUUCUCAUUAUGGUGCUCCAGGCUGUUAAUGAUUACAGUAGCCUAAAGGGUUAAAGGUUAUAGUAUGAUGAAUCCAUUCCUGGAUGUUCCUGAUGAUAGGAGCUGAGACGGGGAGAAGAUGUUAUAGAAGGAAUGACUGAUGCUCUUUUUACUUCACCUUUCCUGCAGCCUCAUUGCCUCAUUCUCUUAUCUGCCUAAAUGUUUUGGGUUUUCAAAUUUUCCAAGUCUUUGUUUACUGAUCUUUCAUGCCAGUUUUCAUUGAAUGCAAGGACCGUGCAAAGAGGUUGCACUUAAUUUUUUAAAAGCAGACUGCCUCUCUGCCACUGCACGCCUCUACACUAAAUAAACUGUUACUACAGCAUUUUUCUAACAACUGAAUAACUAUUUCAGACACUCAAUACUGUAAAAGUUGUGGAUAGUCAAGUAAUGUUAUUUAAUUUGUAUCUGUGAAUGCAAAACUAAGCUUGCAACAGUUUCUUUAUGCAUAUCUAAUUGGAUUAGAUUUAAAUUUCUGCUGUCAGGUUUUUGGGGGGGGGGGGUAUGAUGAGCUCCUGCAAUUUAAACUGGUCAGGUAUGAGUGCGAUCAUCAGACGUGCUUCUGAAGACCACCACCCACUGGUCUGUCAGCUCACUCUUUAGAUAGCAACUCAUUUUCUACAAAAUCAUCUCGCAUUGUUCACUCUGAUGUCAAAACUGUAGACUUUAAAUAAAGGUAAUGGUUCUUUCAGUA